UUGGGAGCUGUCCCGGAGGAUCCUGCGUUUUCGCUUUCCCGCAUCCUGGAGUCCGAGGUCGAGGUUGCGCUCGACGCCUGGGAGAUCCAGGCGGGCGAGGGCGAUGCCCGCGGGGCUAAGGCGGCCGAAAAGUCGAAAGCUCACCAGGCCCUCGAGCGGGCUCGUGGGCUGGCCGCGGGGCCACCUCCUACCGCUGAGUCUCGUGCGUUGACUGCCGAGCAGAUCAUCGACUUGGCGGUGAAGGUAUCCCGUGCCGCUGCCGCCGCCUCUUCAGGCAUGGUCAAGGUUUCGAGCUAUGUUGGCCAGGUCUCGGUGCAGGAGGUCCCCAUUCUCAGGAACGAGGAUAUCCAGGCGCACUGCCAGGCCCACAAGAACGUGUUCAAGCGGCUGCCGCCGCCUUGGAAGGAAUGCGCGUGCGAGCAGCUGUCCUGCCUCUUCGCCAAGCUGGAGUCGAAGUGCGCCCCGUGCGCGGACUUCGCGGUCUCCUGCCCGUUCGGCCAGCGAUUCCAGAAGCGAUUGAAGAUGAAGGGCCUCGCCCUCCACGCCAGCGAGGAGUUCAAGCCCCUCAAGCUCUAUGGCCCGUCCACGUUCCAGGAGUGGGGCUCGUGCUGCGAGCUUCGCAUCGCGGGCCUCGUCGGCUUUCGAGCGGUCGAGCUGGGCAACUUGCUGGAGUGCCAGUCCGUGAUCAAGGGCUUCCACGAGCUCUACGGAGCGUCGUUUUGGCCGCUGAUCUACCGGGCGGAGUCGCGGAUGCGGGCGGAGCAGAUGGAGCGACCUCGCCGCGGUGUCGAAGAAAAGUGGGCUAAGGCUUGGGAGGGGGGCUUCCCGACCAUGGUGGACUUCGACCCUGGGAAGCCCUGGGGCGCGGCCUGGAAGGCCGCCUGCGACGACGACCGCUGGUGGAAGAAGGAGCUGGAUGACGCCGCGGAGGACGUCCUGACGCGGUCUUCGCGGCAGCCAGGGGCCAAGAAACUACGGGCUCACAAUGUCGUCGACGGCCUCUUCGCCGCGAACCGCAGCGAGGAGCUGAUGUGCAAAGGCUGGCAGGAUGGCACGUGCGCGGAAUCUCUGGGGAAGUGGCGUUCGAAGAAUUGGGGUCAGGUCCACCAGUGUGCCAAUUACUCAGACACCAUGCGCGGUGCGCACUACCCGAACACCUGCCAGGGUACCCUGGGGCCCCCGGCCGCGCCCGUGAAAAGGGCAGGGGUCGCGAAUGGAAAGGCCCAGGCAAAGGCGAGAGCGGCAGAGGCAGAUCCCAAUAUUGAGAGCGGGCGUUCGGCCCUGGGCCCCGCGGCGGCCCCGAGAGGGCCAGACUUGCGGGUGCCGCUGGGGCCCGCCGGCCUGGCGCGCGGUCAGCCGCCCGAUCGCCGCGCGCCCCAGACCGUGGCAUCGAUCGCGCCGUGCGCGAAUGGCUUCGACGCGCGCGUCCUCGAGAUGGGUUUCGAGACGGGCGGGCGGGGCGCGCUGCUCGACUCGGUGUUCGGCGACUUGGCGGGCGAGUUCGCGUGGAAGGACAUCGUGGCGAAGAUCUGCCAGAAGCACUGCCGGGCCGCUCGCUUCUCUCCCCCGUCGACCACUUUCGGCGCGUUCCAGCAGGGCGGCGAGGCCAGGGGAGGCGAAUUCCGGCCCCCUCGCGGGCCCGGCUCCGCGCGCAUUUACGGCGUGCCCCACCUCUGGGUCUCGGAGAAGGAACGGGUUAAGAUCGAGGCGCUUUUGGCCCGGAGGUGCGCGGAGGUUGCAGCGUUGGGCGAGCUCGAGGGCGCGUUCACGAAGAAGCUCGUGCAGUGCGAGCCCGGCGCGGCGACCGCGCGGCCGAUCUCGCUCAAG